AUGGGCGUUGAGUCUCCUCUCCUCUCCUCUCCUCUCCUCUCCUCUCCUCCCUGUUUUCCAGCGAUGCUGCAGACUGUAUCCUCUUCCUCACGGCUCAACCUGGAUGUGUCCCUGCUGCUUCUCCUCUUCACUGUCGAGCUCUUCUCCAGCGGAUUACCUGAAACUGAACGGUAAUAAUCUGCAUUCCACAGCGGGGGACGGAGGCUCGGUUUCUGUCUCUGUCCCUGUCCAUCUCCAUCUCAGAUCAGCGGCAGUGAUCAUUGGAUUUAUUGACACUGCUGCAUCUGCUGGAGAGACUGCGGAUGAUCCUCUGGUCGGAGGAUAAGGACCCCAGACGUCAUGAAGAUCCAUCCUCCAAAUUAGACAUGAUAUUCAACAUUCUGAUAACUGGCAUACUAGAAGGAAAUGUGAAAAUCAAUUCCAGUCCCCUGCUGUGCCACUAAGACUCUUUGAUGGGUAGGCAGACUUUUUUGUAAUUGAUGCCAUGGAUGAUUGAUUUUUAAAGUGCUCUUGAGGGCGCUGUAAACUCAGAGCUGUUUCCAAAAUGUGUGAGCGAGGAGAGCCCUUCGGUGAGGGAGAGUUAAGGAACAACAAUCAGCAGGGUGGAGUGCUGGCUGAUGGUGAUGCGAACGCCAAUGAUAUCCGAACAGAGGAUGGAGGGAGGACGGGAGACACCGUCACUCUGUCGGGACUGAUGACUGAAACAGCUGAGCAGGACAAAGUCAUCAUCUGGGGUACAGACUCCCAGUGUGACGACCCAGAUCUAGCUGAGUUUGAGAUGCUGGAGUGUCAGGAGAUGGAGGCCUACCUGGUUGAGGAUGGAGAGGACUUCGUCGGGCUUGCAGACCGGAAGGAACUUCAAGAACAGCCUUCAUCAUGUGGUAAAGCCACAGAAGAACAGGCAACAGAUAAUAAGAGCAGAGAAGAGAGAAUGUCUAUUCUGCACGGUGCAAGUGAGCAGGAAACCAGUGCCUCACAUGAGAGCAGAGAGGCAUCCAGGACUGAGUUAAGCUCAGAAACGGAUGUCUUUGUGACCUGUCUGUCCACUAUUUCAAGCAUGGACACUGCUAUAGACACUGCGGGCAGGACCCAGACAACAGAGUCCUGGCACCUUGCCUCUGGUCCUUACUCAACCAUCUCAGAGGACCUGACUCUGGUUUCCCAGUCUUGCAACAGAGCUGAUCAGCCUUCCAUCUCUGAAAAAAGCACAAUACACCAGAAAGAUGUGGACAUGAAUUUGAAUUCAACAGUUCACUCAGAGGAUGUGGUAUCACAGGCGCAAGUGAACAAUGGAGUUGUUCCAUUUAAGGAUGGCAUUGAUGACUGCAGGAAGAACAAUAACCAGAGAAAUAAAGCAGGGAAUACCAUUUCAGAGCAGGACUGUGAUCAAGGGAGAAGUACUGAGCACAAGGGUGUACCCACUGCAAAAAUAUCAUAUGAAGAAAGCAACACUAAAAUGGAUAAAAGCACACAAGCUGAUGAGGCCCCUGAUGUGAACUACAGCCCACACAAAACAGGUACAAAAGGGACUCAGUCAUCAAUUGAAUCCAAAGCCAUAAAGAAACAAGGAUCAUUUGAUAACACACUGAAAAAACAAAACUCGUUUGACAAGAGUUUUAAAAAGCAGCCAUCAUUUGAGAACACCUUCAAAAAGCAGGGCUCUUUUGAGAACCCCGUCACCUCCAGCUCUUCAAGUCUGGAGAGGAGGAAGCCAUGGGGAAGCCCUAGUCGACCAGCAUAUCCUUCUUCCCCUAAAACUACCUCCUGUUCCCCCAAGAGAAGACCGCCUGGUUCUCCAGCGAAGGUCCAGGGCAUCAGGGCACUGAGCUUGGAGCGCAGCCAGUCCCCUCAGAGAGGUUUAAGUCAAACAGUCAAAAUGCCAGGUAAGACAAGUUUGAGCAGUGGCAUCCCCAAACCUGUAAUUCCUCAGCAGAAAGAGCCUGAACCCAGGAGGUCUUCUCCUCCCCAGAAGCCUAAAAAUGUCCGACCAAAAAUCAUCACCUAUGUGCGAAAGAACCCUCAAGCAAUAGCACAAGGUACAGAUGCCCCACUCGAAGCCUCCACACUCCCAGUAAGACUAUCUUCUUACUCUAGUCCGGCAGCUCACAAAGACCUAAAGGUUGGUCCUCAGCCUAAAUCCACAACGGCACUAUGCUCCUCCAACCUGCUGUUUGACAAAUAUCGACAGGAGAUGCAGAAGGCGGGGUACUGUCCACCAGGCAUGGCUGCAACUGGUGUGAAACCUCCAAGCAGCACCAUCCCUCAAAGGCUGAGUGGGAAGUCGGACAGUUUUCAUGAGGAUAUGCCUGAGAAAUAUCACCAAGAGCAUGUUUCCCAGGAGGGUGGCAGUGUCUACCGCUCACCCAGAGCUCUGAGGCCUCAGCUGGGGUUAGGAGCGGUCACCAGGCAGCCUGCAGCACGGACAAGAGUUCAGCAGACAGGUCAAAGGUCAGCACCGGCCCCAAGCCAUUCUGUUCAGGCAGCUGGAGUAUCCACCCAAAGCUAUCAGGACCCUGCAGGAGAGCAAAAGAGGUCAGGCGAAAGAGGUCCAGAAACCAACCCCAAGAGCCUCCUGCUCAAACAGGGCCAGUCCGGUCUCCGUCCUCCAGGCUUCUCCGCCCUGCCAACUGCCCGUCUGGCUGCCUUUGGCUUCGUCCGGAGUUCCAGUGUCUCGUCUGUGUCCAGCAACCAGUCUAACGACAGCAGUCACAGUGAUCCCUGCCGACCUUCUCAGCAUCCAGGCAGUGGCAGCGAUGACACGCCUCUCCACAAAGCCACUGCGCCCCCCAGUGAAGCCUCCCAUGUUCAGAGUCGGUCUCAACCUCCCAACGCCCCCAGCCUCCAGCGCCGCAGUUUGCCGCCUCAGCGCAGCUCCCCCCUCGCCUCUAGGAGAGAGCUGCAGAAGGACAUAGAGGCUGUGAUGCCGCCCAAGUCCUCCCCUAAAAGAUUUGCGGUGGUUUCGCCCAAGCCACAGUCCCCUGUUCGUGGGCGGACAGCAGCAGUUCAUGGAGCUGUUCGGACUGAAAGGGCCCAGGAGCUGGACCGGGCUCUGAUCCAGCAGCUGCGGGAACGCUGUGAGCAGCAGGCUCUGCAGCUACAGAGCCUUCAGGCCCAGUUAAAGAAGGCCUCCCUGUGCCUGGACGUUUUCAGCAUCACCACGCAGCACUUCUGUCACAAGAGUGAGAGUGCCAUUGUGAAGGAGAGGGAACUGUCCCUGGAGCUUGCCAGAAUCAGGGAUGAAGUGGCUUUCAGUGUUGCACACUGGGAGCAAUUGCAGCAGGAGAAGGGGCAACUGGAGCGUCGUUUUGAGGCUGAGCUGCAGGGUUUGCGGGCUCAGCAGCAGAGGGAGCUGGGAGCGCUGGAGAAGCGGCUGAAGGCACAACACGCGGCUGAGGCCAAGAGCCUGAAGGCCCAACAACGGGGCGAGCUAGAGGAGCUACGAUUCAGACAGCAAGAGCAGAUUGAGGAAAUGAAUGAGAACCACGAGGCUACCUUGAUGGAGAUGGAGACAGCUCACAAUAACACUCUGGCCACUCUGCAGGAGGAGCAAGCUAGAACUGUGAAGAAUCUAAAGAUGGCCCAUGAACAGCAGACAAAGUCUCUGGCAGAAGAGUUUGAGAAGAUCAGACUGUCACUGCAGGAUCAGGUGGACACGCUGACGUUUCAGAAUCGUAGCCUCAGAGACCGUGCCAAACGCUUUGAAGAAGCUCUUCGCAGGAGCACGGAUGAGCAGAUAGUGGAUGCUUUGGCACCAUAUAAACACAUUGAGGAGGACCUGAAGAGUCUGAAAGAAGUUCUGGAGAUGAAGAAUCAACAAAUUCAUCAACAGGACCUGAAGAUCUCAGAGCUGGAGAAAAUACAGGCUGAAAAGAAUGUGUACCUGGAGGAGAGACUACAAGUGUUACAACAGCAGAACGAGGACCUGAAGGAAAGAAUAGACAAGAACGUUGCUGUGUCCAGGCAACUCUCGGAGGAGAAUGCAAACCUGCAAGUGCACGUGGAGAAGGAGAGCAACGAGAAGAAGCGGCUGAGUCGCACUAAUGAGGAACUGCUCUGGCGUCUUCAGACAGGCGAGCUGAGCCCUCGCAUGUCCCCCAGCUCCUCCCCCAUCCAUAGACCCUCCUCUGGACCAGGUUCUCCUGCCCGCCCACACUCCUACCAUCAAUGACACUCUCAAUGGAAGCUCUUGUAUCAAACGCUUUCUUUUAACUGGCAUCAGAAGCCCUGAUUUUUUAAAACGUCUCUGUUGAAUGUUUGUUAGGAUUUCCCACUAUGUAAAUGGACAGACAUAGUAAGUUUGUUUCCUGGAAAAUGCCACUCACAUGUGAUGCAUUUCCAAAGUCCAACCCCAGGAAUUUGAAUCUCUGACCUAAAGAAUUGUAUUAACGGUCACACCUCUUAUUGUUCAAAAGGGAAUUAUCUGCCCUCCUCUUUUUCUAUACCACCUGAAUGGUCCACAAAACCAACGUGCUGUGAUACCGCAGUAGAUAAAAGACCUGGUCAUUGUAGACUUCAGAGAGCAGGAUCAGAGUCAUGGUGCCUCAUUUCCAUGUUUUCGCCUCCAUCUACCUACCAUCACCACCUUCUCAUCCAGCGCUCAGGAUGAUGGAUGUACGAGACAUAACAAAUAUCAAAAGUGCAACAACGAACACAAGAAGCGCCUUUGCUGUCCAUUUUCUCCCACCAGCAACGUUUAUCAAGGCACAGGGAAUACUUUGAGUAAAUCACAAACCUACCUACAGUAAGUAACUCUAAAAGUUUGGAUACUUCUCUGGGGCAUGUUUACCUUUUCCUGCUGAAAUCUUUCAUAUAGAGUGUAUGAAUGACUACCUACCCAUCUAACCUCAACCAUCCAACAACUAGAUAUCAGCAUUUACCUGAAAUGUAAGAUUACAACAACAUGAAAACUCAUAAUUUCAUUGAACUGCCAACACAGUGUAACUAUGAUAUUGAUUAUAAUUUUCAAAAACUGUAUAUGUAUUGCUCUCUUUAAAGCAUGUUCUGUCUUCCAGUUAUAAUGCAUUUUACUUUAGGAUUACCUACAGUGUGACAACAUGGAGAAGGAAGGUAAAGGGGCAACACAAGUUAACUCUGAUUUCUAAUAAAACAGUGCAGUUAUUCAAAUGGAACUAAAAAAAAAAUUACUGUAUUAUACAUUUCAGGCUAAUCUCACAUUUUUUAUGUGAGAUGGUGUCCCUCACCUUCAGUCGGGUUAAGGAUAAGCAUAAGAAUAUGCCACAAAAUAAAACUGCAGGAUCUGUAGAAACCACCAAAGAGGAAAUCAUGAAACACAGCAGUUCGUCAUGUACUGUAUAGUUGUCAUAUGUCUAGAGUUUAGUGCUGCAGAAUCAGCCAUAAAUGCUGCAGACAUUGCAGUUCUUAUCAUAAUGUAUUGACCUGAGCAUAUGUAAAUCAAACGUUGUUGCUGUUGCAUUUGGACAGUUGAACAUGCUUUCUCUUUCUUUACGUGAACCUUAUCAUCGCUCUUACAGUUGAUUCAAAUUUUCUCUGCUGCUGAUUGUUUUCUGUGUGUUUUGAAAUUCCCCACAGAAACCCUCAUGAGAAAAUGUGAUGAAAUAUACUAAAACUAACUAAUUGUUUCAUUCAUUCUCCAUUCGCACCUCCAAUUGAAUCUUUUGACUCGCAAAAUUCCUGUCCAAAAUUAAAGAAGUAAAACUGACUUAAUCAGAGAAAAAAAGUGAAAUCAUGAAAAUCUGCAAGCUGAUACCUCAUUUCUCAUUGCAGAGAAUAAUCUCAGGUCUUGAGGAGAAUUAUGAGUCAUCAAAGGGAAGCAACUGCCAUAACUUUUUUAUUUUUUUUUAUUAAUUGUAAUCUUUUUUUUAUACGUUUGCUCAUGUUUACAUAAUCACUCAACUCAACUGUCUCCUUUGCAAGAUAACCUUUGUAUGAAAGUAGUUGGAUGUACAAAAUAUGUUUAACUAUGUUAAAGAGCAUUGUGCAGUCAGCAAAUAUAUAGAUAGAAUAAAUAUUGCUUUUAUUAUAAUGAUAUAAUAAUCAGCCCCCCCAGACACAUAAAAUGUGGAAAUCUGCUCAAACAGGGAUUUGGUUUCAGGUGAGUUGCAUUUACUGUUAGGACAACAAGUUGAUUAUGUUUAACUUGGUUUUACUGUGUCCUAAAAGAAAGUGGAAAUGGUAUUUCUCUCCAUCAGGUACUCCGAUUGCACUGAUUCCCUCUGUGUCCUGUGGACAUGACCUUGUACUCAUUUACUGAAUGUUUGACACUAGAAUAAGAGGUUUUGUUCACAGUUUAUAUCCAAUGUCAGAGAAGGUUGGUCCAUCAGGUGGAUGUCAGUUCUUCUUGAUUGUUUACAGGACUUCUGUUGUAAAGAUUGUAUUCAGUAUUUUAAAAGUUCAUGCUCUGGAUGAGUUUAAAUGAAAGCAUGUCUUUAUCAGGUUGUUAUGCAUUAUUUUUGUUUUACAUUUCUUGUGCAUUUCAUUAAUUGAUUAAUUUAUGUGUCCCCCGCCAGAACUGCAACUGUAGCUUAGCUGGUAAAAAUAUUGUGGUCAGUGAUAAGACACUAAUGUCUAUACAGUACUGUAUAUGUUGCACUUUGUAUUAAGUAUUAAAUCACAAUAUGAAAAUAA